AUGUACAAGACACUCGCCCUCACUUCGCUCUCAUUUCUCGGGGCCGCCCGCGCUCAGCAGGUUGGAACGAACACCGCUGAGACGCAUCCUUCACUCUCAUGGAAGACCUGCACUGGUAAGGGCGGAACCAGCUGUACCACAAAGGCUGGUUCGAUUACGCUCGACUCUAACUGGCGCUGGGCCCACAACAUUGGUGGAUCCACCAACUGCUACACCGGCAACACAUGGGACGCUACCCUCUGCCCUGACGGCACCACUUGCGCAAAGAACUGCGCUAUCGACGGUGCCGACUACGCUGGCACCUACGGCAUCACUACAGCAUCUGAUGCUUUGUCGCUGAAGUUUGUGACCAAGGGCUCGUACUCGACCAACAUCGGCUCCCGAACUUACCUCAUGGAGAGCGACACCAAGUACCAGAUGUUCAACCUCGUCAACAACGAGUUCACCUUUGAUGUCGACGUUUCCAAGCUUCCCUGCGGCUUGAACGGUGCUCUUUACUUCGUUGAGAUGGCCGCCGACGGUGGCAUCAACAAGGGCAACAACAAGGCUGGUGCCAAGUACGGAACCGGAUACUGCGACUCCCAGUGCCCCCACGACAUCAAGUGGAUCAACGGUGUUGCCAACAGCGCCGGCUGGGUCGGCUCUGCCAACGACCCCAACGCCGGCGCAGGCACAACCGGCGCCUGCUGCCCUGAGAUGGAUAUCUGGGAGGCAAACUCCGUCUCGACGGCCUACACGCCCCACCCCUGCAAGGGAACCGGUCUCCAGGCCUGCACCGGCACCGCAUGUGGUGACGGCGACAACCGCUACGGCGGUGUCUGCGACAAGGACGGCUGCGACUUCAACAGCUACCGCAUGGGCGUCAAAGACUUCUACGGCCCCGGCCAAACCCUCAACACCGCCCAGAAGAUGACCGUCGUAACCCAAUUCAUCGGCUCCGGCUCCAAGCUCUCAGAGAUCAAGCGCUUCUACGUGCAAAACGGCAAAGUCUUCAAGAACAGCAACUCGACCAUCGCCGGCGUGACCGGAAACUCCAUCACAGACGCCUUCUGCACAGCGCAGAAGAGCGUCUUCGGCGACACAAACUCGUUCGCGACUAUGGGUGGACUUAACGCAAUGGGUGCUUCGCUCGCUCGCGGACAUGUCCUGGUUAUGAGCUUGUGGGACGAUCAUGCGGUUAACAUGCUCUGGUUGGAUUCUACUUACCCCGUGGGUUCUACUAAGCCGGGGGCUGCAAGGGGGACUUGCGCGACUACUUCUGGGACGCCCGCCGAUGUGGAGGCUAAUAGUCCUGGAUCGACGGUUGUGUUUUCGAACAUUCGCUUUGGGCCGAUUGGCUCGACGUUUGCGCAGCCUGCUUAG